AUGAGUGUGGGCAGGAUCAAGCGCUACAGCAUCGUGUCCUCAGAGGAAGAAGCCUUGCGUCUCACCACCAUGCCCGGGGUGAACGGCUUCGGAAACGGAAAGAUCCACACCCGCCGGAAGUGCCGCAACCGCUUCGUGAAGAAGAACGGCCAGUGCAACGUCCAGUUCGCCAACAUGGACGACAAGUCUCAGCGGUACAUGGCCGACAUCUUCACCACCUGCGUGGACAUCCGCUGGAGGUACAUGCUCGUCAUCUUCUGCCUGGUCUUCGUGGUCUCCUGGCUGGCCUUCGGGCUGGCCUUCUGGGUCAUCGCCCUGGUCCACGGCGACCUGGACAACCCGGCUGGGGACGAGAACUUCACGCCCUGCGUGCUGCAGGUCAAUGGGUUCGUUGCCGCUUUCCUCUUCUCCAUCGAGACUCAGACCACCAUUGGCUACGGCUUCCGCUGCGUCACAGAGGAAUGUCCGGUGGCUGUCUUCAUGGUGGUGUUUCAGUCCAUUGUGGGGUGUAUAAUUGACUCUUUCAUGAUUGGGGCUAUAAUGGCCAAAAUGGCACGGCCCAAGAAAAGGGCCCAGACACUGCUGUUUAGCCACAAUGCAGUAAUCGCCAUGAGGGAUGGCAAACUCAGCCUCAUGUGGCGGGUGGGGAACCUCAGAAAGAGCCAUAUUGUGGAGGCCCAUGUCAGGGCUCAGCUGAUUAAGCCACGGAUCACGGAGGAAGGGGAGUACAUACCUCUAGACCAAAUAGACAUCAAUGUGGGCUUUGACAAAGGCUUGGACCGAAUCUUCCUGGUUUCGCCCAUCACGAUCCUCCACGAGAUCGACGAGGAGAGCCCCCUGUUCGGCAUCAGCCAACAGGACCUCGAGACGGCGGAUUUCGAGAUAGUGGUCAUACUUGAAGGGAUGGUGGAGGCCACCGCCAUGACUACGCAGGCACGCAGCUCGUACCUGGCCACAGAGAUCCUGUGGGGUCACAGGUUCGAGCCCGUUCUCUUCGAGGAGAAGAACCAGUACAAAGUAGACUACUCUCACUUUCACAAAACCUACGAGGUGCCGUCGACUCCUCGGUGCAGUGCCAAGGACAUGGUGGAGAACAAGUUUCUGGUUCCCAGCACCAACUCCUUCUGCUACGAGAACGAGCUCGCUUUCAUGAGCAGGGACGAGGAAGAGGAUGAGGAGAGUGAAAGGGUCCUGGAUGACCUGAGCCCAGAUGGCAACAGCCGACACGAGUUUGAGAGACUACAGGCCACCAUAGGACUGGAUCAGCGGUCGUACCGGAGGGAAUCUGAGAUAUGACCCGCCCCGCCCCCUGACAUCAGCUUUUGAAUAUAUUUCUUCUCGUUUUGUUUUUUCCUUGAAUAAAUGCAGAACAAUGCAAGUGCCAUAGGAAUACUUAACUACUGUCAUAGCAGUGAAAAGUCGAAAGACAACAGCUGGUGGAUAUAAACGGGGAAGUCA